AUGUCGUUCUUCGGCUUCGACACCAACAUGCCACGUGACCGCGGUCACGCGGCCAAUGCGCCCGGGUUCGGCCAGCACGAUGCUUUCGCUGGGCUGAGCAGUGGAGGGGCAGGCGAUGAUGAUGUCAUCGACUUUGAAGAGACGUACGAUGGCCUCGGCAACCGCCUCGAUGAUGCCGACGACGCCUUCAACGACGACACGUUUGGAGGGCCUCCCAUCCAGCAGUCCGUUGACAAGCACUUCGACUUCGCCGGCCAGACUUCCAAGGUCUCCAACAUCCUGCAGGAGGAGCAGAUGCUCUUCCAGGCCCGCCAAGGCCACCCCCAGCAGCAGUACAAGCCGCCAGUCCCGCAAGCUUCGAAGCCCAACAGGAGUGGCUACGAGAGCUACAAAGACCCCGAGUAUAUCCCUCAAUUGGAGGCCCGCGCAGACAUCUGGGGUCUCAAGCCCAAGCAGCAAGCUCAGCCAAGCCACCAUGAGCCUCAGCGCCAGUCACACUCCCCCGCACCUCAAGCCGUCCCAGCCCGGAAGUUGAUGAGCUUGGAUGAGGUCGAGGCUAUGAUGCGCGCUCAGAGCAUCGGCAACGAGCCGCGUGGCGCUCCGCCUAUGCAGCAUCAGAUGCAACAGCACCAAAUGCAGUAUCAGGGUCCUCCCCCAGGCUAUUCGCCACAGCAGUUCCCCCACGGACAGCCGCCGUUCCCUGGCAUGCAGGGUGGUCCACCGGGCCAAUAUGCGCCCCAGAUCCUACAGAGGCCUCAACAGCAUCAGCAGCACCAGCCUCACCCCCAGCAAUCACAGCAUCAAGCUUCGCAGAGACAGCAGCAGAUGCGUGCAGAGCUACCUGCUCAACCCGUCCACCCCCAAGCACCUCAGCAACCUACUAUUCUGCAGCGACAAAAGCCCCAGGCAAACGAGCCAAGCGCCCAGCAACAACGCCAGACCCCCACACCUCAGACCCAAGCGCAAGGUCCUCCAACCCAGCCUCGACAGAUCCUCCAGAACCCUAACCGUCUUGCUGGACAGGGUCAGCCGAUGGCCCAGCCUGGCCAACAAGCUCAACGAGGACAGGGGCAAGGACACAACCGCGGUCCGUCUUUCCCUGGCAUGGUCAUCACUCACCCCGAGCAGCUGCUUCAACUUUCCGAAGCUGAACGUGCCGCCUUCCUCGAGGAAGACGCCAAGCGCGCAAAGAGGAACCACAAGAUUGCUCAGCUUGCCAAGGAUAACGGCCUCAUGACACCACAGGACAAGAAUUUCAUUACCCGUAUUCAGCUGCAGCAAUUGAUGACUGCGACUGGUAAUCUAGAUGAGAGGGGUCCCGAGGCUGCCAUCGCCGAGGAUUUCUACUACCAGGUCUUCAGCCAGAUCCGCGGUGCUCCUCGCCAGAACCCCCAGCAACCUGCAAGUCAAUUCGCGCAGACGUAUCUGUUCCAGACCAACAACCGCUUCGGUGCACGACGAAACGGGCGUGGAGGUGACAACCACAUGCAGCGCAUGGAGCAGCAAAUUCAGCGCGCUGUUGAGGCUGCCAAAGCUCGACCAAAGGCCAGACAGCUUGUCGUGGAAGGUUCAUUGGGCAAGAUUGCCUUCAGCAACUCCAAGACGCCGAGGCCGCUUCUCAACAUCAAGCGUUCCGAGGCUGGCCAAAAGCAACCCAAGUCCACCAUCGCUGAUCGAAAGGAAGCUUUGCGCAAUAUCGAGAACGUUUAUGUUACUCUAAUGCAGAUGGAAGACCACGAGCGUGCAAUGCCACCACCAAUCAACCCAGACAGCAACCCAGAGGCUAUACAGGCACACAUGGAGUGGCGAUCGAAGAUAGAUACCCUCCAUCAACAGCUAUGGCAGAACACGAAGAUCAUGGAGCCUCUCAACCCGAACGCCGCUGCACCUCAUCCGUUCAUAUCCAUUCUUUCACACGCGAAAGGAAAGAAGGCAGUUCCUCGCCUCUUCCGACACAUCGACGAACAGGAGCGAAUAACAGUCGUGACUAUGAUUGUCGUCCACCUUGACCAGCUUUCCGUGGUCAAUCAAGCAAUCGCCUUACCGGAAGAACCAUUGAAUCCUGCUGUACGCGAGGAAGUCGAGCUUUUCUCGGCCACAGUCCUGCCACCACUCUUCGCACACAUGUCCGAGUCGCCACUUAACAUCAUCAUUGGCCUUCUGGGACUUAUCCUCGAUCGCACAAACUUGCACGUGGUUGCCCGCAGCAAGAUCGGGCUUUCUUUGCUCACAAUCUUAAUCUCUCGUGCCGAGCUCCUGAAGCAGUCUGCCCCAGAGACAGCCAACGCUGAGUGGGAGCAGUGGAACGUGCUAUACAACCGACUUUUCGACUCAGUCGAGCCUGUGCUCCCAUUCCUGUUCCCUGGAAGCAUCAAUGAGACUGACGACAUGUACAUUUGGCAAUACUUGGCAGCCAUGGGAGUUGGAGCCAGCCCUGAACAGCAACAGAGACUUGUACUUGGUGUCAAGGAUCGCGUCAUGGAGACAGUCAACGUCAGUAAAGCUUUGCCAACUGAUAUGGCAAGUGCUCGUCUGGCUAACGUCAACCUCUUCAUGAGGGCCAUUGGAUUGGACGUGGAGCUUCUUGGAUGAAGAGUUGAUCUAUAGACAUCAUCUGAACCACCGAAAUGAUGCAGCAGUAGGGUUGCCGAACUGCUGACGUCGACAAGUAGUCACGAGCUGAUGCUGAAUUCAAGACGACGCUGCGAGGAGUGAAGGCAUCAGCUGCGCCGCCAUCAGUGCGCGUUUGGGAAGACAAUAAGACAUGUAUAAGAUAGGAUAGUGUACAAAGCUCCAUGGUGUUGGAGAAAGAAUCGGUUGGCCGCCUA